AUGGAGAAGCCAGAAGGAUAUCCACAAGUAGAUGAUAUUGCCACAUGUAACGAGCCAUCAAGUGCAAGCACUUCGUUUUUCGGAACCAAGAACGACAUGUCACUGCUCGAGAGCGGCCUACUCCGGAGAAAUGUUGGUGACAUAGGUGACACUUGCUACAGAUUUCAGUCAAAAAUUGGCAAAUCAGUUGAUCCAAGGUUGCUAGCGCUGGUGGAAUUCUUUAGAGAACUUUACUUUCGAAGAGUUGAACUAUUCAAUAGAAUAUUUCCGGGGGUUCAGGAUAAAUUAACUAUUGUGGGUGUGGCAUUAGCUCAAAUGAAAUCGGAUCAAACCAAAGCACAUCGGACAAUGCAACGGAGUCUAAGUAUUGGUUCGCCGCGUGAUUUCAAAAGAAGAGAAUCCGAAAUGAGGCUUCAGCGAUUCAAGGUCAGGACUAUCGUUGUAGAUGAUGUCGUUGAUCAAACUGCUAAACCCGGUGGUUCCAAGUGA